AGCAUCAAUGUUCAAAAGCCAAUUAUCCAUCGGAAGAUUGGUGUCAAAAGGAAUACGAUCAUUAUGAAAAGUUCUGUACUCAUUGUGAAAAGAAUCCAUGUAUUUCAUUCACACAUGAUAUUGAUUGUUAUUGUGAACCAUAUGAUAAUAUAUGGCUUCGUUAUGGCUAUGAAACUGCACGAUGGUGUCAGAAGUACGAGCUGACAUGUGAUGAGAAAACGAGAAGAGAUAAGGGAAAUGAAUUGGUACAAUUGAUGCAAGACAGGAUCAAAGUGCAUUACCGGUGUCUUCAUUUAUACAAUUUGCCCCAAGUGAUAUGUGAUCCAUUUUCUACAAGAUUUGACUGGUACAGAUGUAUGAAGUUCCUGUUCGAUUGUGAACUAAUCUCCGAUUGGGAUGAUGAUGAUUACGAUGAUACUGGAGUUAUCACAGAAGAUGGUGCUGCUCCUCCAAGACCACCUCCACAAAUUUCAAAGCCGAAACCAUCACUUCCCGAGUCUUCAAUAUCUGAUCAAGCUGAAACACUUUUGAAAGGUGGACUCUCUUCUAAACAGCUCAAGGAAAAUGCAGCAAUCAGAGAGAAAGAGAAAGAGUUGGAAGCUGUACUCAAGAAACCUUAAAUUUUUAUUUAACUUACUGGAUCUUUGUUUCUAAUGUUUUGUAAUGGAUCUCUUGAAAACUUGAUUUGAUCCAUAUAAACUAUUCAAGACUUUGAAUGAAACAGACAAAAUGUU